AGAUCUCUCGAAGCUGCGAAAGAGAUGAAGGUCGAUCUUUGAGCCUCUGUUUGUAGCAAUAGAUCUCAUAUGUUUCUGGGUCUUUCUCAGAAUCCCUGAUUGUGCAAGGUUCUCUGUUUCUGAUUUGCUGUUCAAAGGGGGUGUGUCGCGGUCUCCAUAUCCAUACGUCGCUAGUGUACUGGACUCGAUUAAUGGUGGAUCUUUGCUGGCCUACUACUGGAAAUGGAGUCAUGUGAUUGCAUUGAGACUCAAUGGCCUGCUGAUGAGCUUCUGGUGAAAUAUCAGUAUAUAUCAGACUUCUUUAUUGCCGUUGCGUACUUCUCAAUUCCCUUGGAGCUCAUUUAUUUUGUUCAAAAAUCAGCGUUCUUCCCAUAUAGAUGGGUCCUGAUGCAGUUUGGUGCUUUUAUUGUUCUUUGUGGAGCGACCCACUUCAUAAAUCUGUGGACAUUCUCUAUGCACUCGAAAACUGUUGCUGUUGUGAUGACUAUAGCAAAACUUGCUACAGCUGUUGUGUCAUGUGCAACAGCUCUAAUGCUUGUGCAUAUUAUUCCUGAUCUUCUGAGUGUGAAAACACGGGAACUAUUUUUGAAGAACAAGGCUGAAGAGCUGGACAGGGAGAUGGGCCUUAUUAUGUCUCAAGAAGAAACUGGAAGGCAUGUGAGAAUGCUUACCCAUGAAAUUAGAAGCACACUCGACAGACACACUAUACUAAAAACUACUCUUGUGGAGUUGGGUAGGACUUUAGACCUGGAAGAAUGUGCAUUGUGGAUGCCAUCACGAACAGGGUUAAAUCUUCAACUAUCUCAUGCACUAAGCAAUAUAAUACCUGUUGGAUCUUCUGUACCAAUCAAUAUUCCCAUAGUCAAUGAAGUUUUUAAUAGUGCUCAAGCAAUACGUAUUCCACAUUCGUGUCCAUUGGCAAGGAUUAGACCUCCUGUGGGAAGAUUUGUACCACCGGAAGUGGUUGCCGUUCGGGUGCCUCUUUUGCAUCUUUCGAAUUUCCAAAUUAAUGAUUGGCCUGACCUCUCUGCAAAAAGCUAUGCUGUGAUGGUUUUGAUUCUCCCUAUGGACGGAAUCAGAAAAUGGCGCGACCAUGAGUUGGAACUUGUGGAAGUUGUUGCCGACCAGGUUGCCGUUGCUCUUUCUCAUGCUGCAAUUUUAGAAGAGUCUAUGAGGGCCCGUGAUCAGCUCAUGGAGCAGAAUGUUGCUCUAGAUUUGGCUCGACAAGAAGCAGAGCUGGCUAUCCGUGCUCGCAAUGAUUUCCUCGCUGUCAUGAACCAUGAAAUGAGGACACCCAUGCAUGCAAUUAUCUCUUUAUCUUCACUUCUUUUGGAAACAGAACUAACUCCAGAUCAAAGGGUUAUGAUAGAGACUAUACUCAAGAGUAGCAACCUGCUUGCAACCCUUAUUAACGAUGUGUUAGAUCUUUCUAGGCUUGAAGAUGGUAGCCUAAAAUUAGAUGCUGAGGUGUUCAAUCUUCAUGAAGUUUUCAGACAGGCCAUCAAUUUGAUAAAGCCUAUUGCAUCUGUAAAGAAGUUAUCCUUGACACUUAUUUUGGCCCCGGAUUUACCUGUAUAUGCUAUGGGUGAUGAGAAACGAGUGAUACAAACAAUCAUAAAUAUUGUGGGUAAUGCUGUGAAGUUCACAAAGAAGGGUUAUGUCUCAGUUGUGGCUUCGAUUGCAAAACCAGAGUCUUUGAGAGACUGGCGAGCUCCUGAGUUUUAUCCUGUGUCAAGUGAUGGCUACUUCUUCUUAAGAGUGCAGGUUAAGGAUUCUGGUUGCGGAAUUCUCCCACAAGAUAUUGCUCUCUGUUUUACUAAAUUUGCUCAGUCUCAAAGUGGAUCAAACCGAAAUAAUAAUGGGGCUGGUCUUGGGCUCGCCAUUUGCAAACGGUUUAUAAAUCUAAUGGGGGGUCACAUUUGGAUUGAAAGCGAGGGGUUGGACAAGGGUACAACAGUUUCAUUCCUUGCUAAACUUGGAAUCUGCAACAAUCCCAAUGAAUCAACAAUGCUGGAGGUUGCAGUUGUCGGUAGAACAGAUCAAGGGAGCGCAAAUGUCAUUGGACGUAACCUAUUUGCUAAAGAACUCCCUCGUUAUCAGAGGAGUCUUUAGACUCAAACUAGGUUGACUUUCUAGCAUCAUUUGUCUUGCGUGUUUCAAGGCGGAACUGAUCAGAAGCCAAGAAGUCAUUCCCCGAGAUCGGUAGAACUAAGUUUUCAGUGACAUUUUAUGUAUUGGUGUAGGACAUAUGGCUGGCAAACCCACCGUAUACUAUCCUAAAGGGCUACACUUGCAUCUCUACUUCA